CCUUCGUUGCCCUUGGUUGCUGUUUGUUGACUUCCGGGAACGCCGUCGUCGCAAAUGCCCAGAGUAUCGCCGUGGGGGCACGAGGGGCUUCCGGAGCCCGAAUUGGGGCUAUGGCGCUGUCUUAGGCCCAAUCAAGUCUCCCCUAUCGUCUUCCCGGCUCAGAGGCAGUCUCCCUUUGUCGCCCUUGGCAUGGUGGAACCUGAGGAGGUGGUGCCCGAUUCGGGUGCUGUGUUUACAUUUGGAAAAACUAAAUUUGCUGAAAAUAUUCCCAGCAAAUUCUGGUUUAAAAAUGAUAUACCUACAUGUCUUGCAUGUGGAGAUGAACAUACCGCUAUUGUUACAGGAAAUAAUAAACUUUACAUGUUUGGCAGUAACAACUGGGGCCAGUUAGGAUUAGGAUCAAAGUCAGCUGUUAGCAAACCAACGUGUGUCAAAGCCUUAAAACCUGAAAAGGUGAAAUUGGCUGCCUGUGGUCGGAACCACACCCUCGUUUCAACAGAAGGAGGCAAAGUAUAUGCAGCUGGAGGAAAUAAUGAAGGACAGCUAGGACUUGGUGACACUAAAGACAGAAGUACUUUUCAUCCAAUUGAUUUUUUUACAUCCCAGCAUCAGCUUAAACAGCUCUCUGCUGGAUCUAACACUUCAGCUGCACUAACCGAGGAUGGAAAGCUUUUUAUGUGGGGAGAUAAUUCUGAAGGACAGAUUGGUUUAAAAAACGUUCCUAAUGUGUGUCUUCCCCAUCAAGUGACCGUUGGGAAACCUGUUACCUGGAUCUCUUGUGGAUAUUACCAUUCAGCUUUUGUAACAAUUGAGGGGGAACUGUAUACAUUUGGAGAAACUGAGUGUGGGAAGUUAGGUCUUCCCCAACAGCUGCUGAUGAAUCACACAGUGCCCCAGAUGGUACCUGGAUUUGCUGAUAAAGUGAUCCAGGUAGCUUGUGGCGGAGGGCACACGGUGGUUCUCACAGAAAAAGCUGUGUACACCUUUGGACUAGGACAAUUUGGUCAGCUGGGUCUUGGCACUUUUCUUUUUGAAACUGCAGAACCCAGAGUCAUUGAGCCUAUUAAGGACCAGAAAAUAAUUUAUGUUUCCUGUGGAGAAAAUCACACAGCUUUGAUAACAGAUAUAGGCCUUAUAUAUACUUUUGGAAAUGGCCGAUACGGAAAAUUAGGACUUGGAAUGGAGAAUUUUACCAAUCAGUUCAUUCCUACUCUGUGCUCUAGUUUUUUGAAAUUUAUGGUUGAAUUGGUUGCCUGUGGUGGAUGUCACAUGCUAGUUUUUGCUUCUCCACGAGUUGGUAUAGCAGAAGAAAUUGAGUUUGAUGAAAUAUACGAUUCUAGCAUAUCUGCAUUUACUUCUUUGCCCAUUCGCGAUCUGAGCUCAGAAAAUGUACUUCAUCGAACAUUAUCAGCACGUAUGCGGCGAAGAGUGAGGGAGAAAUCUCCAGAUCCUUUUCAAAUGACACCAGUACUACCUCCAAUUGGAGGGACUCCUAGAUCAUCUGAUGGUUUUCAGUCCGCUUCAUUUCCCAUGUGGCUGUCUACAAGUGAUUUGCCAGAGAAAAUGAUAACUGAAAACGAGGGUCCCAGGAGUCCCAUGGAACCAGAUAAUUUUCAAGAUAAAAUGACGGAAGGGAAAGAGGCAAAUAGUUCUUCAGCAGAGGAUGUAGAAAGCCUCGGAGAAACUACUGAUGUCUUCAAUAUGACACACAUGAUGAGUCUAAAUUCCAAUGACAAGCGUUUAAAAUUAUCACCAAUUCAAAAACAAAAGAAACAAGAAACAGUUGAGAAUCUGAAGCAGCAUACAGCUCGUACUGAAAGCGAUGAUAGCAGUGAAUAUGAAAGUGAAGAGAUGUCCGAACGAUCAAAAGAAGGGAAAGUGUAUAAACAACAUUUGGCGAAAGGAACAUACAUGAUAUCAACAUCUAUGUGUGUGAAAGCCUUUUCAGAUGAUGAGGAUGUAGGUCAUGACUCAAGCCAGUCUGGGCCUGAGGCCGACACCAAUGCGGAGGGCUUGCAAAAGCAGGUAUUUAGAUGUAAAAAUAAGGAUGGUAUUUAUCCACUUGAUGAUAAGGAAGUAGAAAGCAAAAGUGAUGGAGGAUGCAGUCAACAAGAUUCAGACGCAGAAGAAAUAGUCUAUGAGAAGGAAACUAAGCUGGCAGAAAUGGCAAGUUUGAAGGAUAUAAGAAAAAGUGAAGAGAAUAUAAAAAAUAUUAAUACAUCCUUUCAGGACUUACCAAAUGAGGAUAUUGAAGAAAAUGAUGAUUUUGUUAAGGAAAGGAACAAGCAAGACGGGAUCUUUGGGAGUGAAAGAGAAUCUAUACAGGAGCCAAACAGUGACGUGCAAGGUGAAAAUGGAAGUCAGCAGGGAACAACAGAUGGCUUCGAGCUGCCUGAGUCACUAGAAUUUAGUAGUGGAGAAAAAGAUGAUGAUGAAGUGGAAACUGACCAAAACUUAUGGGAUAACACAAAAGUUAUUGAACAAGGACAUGAGGAAGAGACUGAACACAAAAUGUCUGAAUUUGUGGCACAAUGUGAUUUUAAGGGUGACCACUUGACAGAGAUACCAGAGGAAGAGGAAAGAGCAGAGAAUUCAGAAGGAAGUGGAGUAGAGGAACAAAAAAAGAUAGAGAAAAAUAUGAAGGUGCCUGAAGGAAAUGAGGAGGAGGAAGCAGAGAUCCUGUCAGAUGACCUUACAGACAGAGCAGAGGAUAACAGACUUUCAGAAGAUGAAGAUGCAGAAGACGAGGGUGAGGAAAGUAGUGCAUAUCUGGAAGGCGAGAAGAAAGUUGUGAGUGACAAUGAAAGUGUUCCUGCAGAUAGCUACAGUGAAACCAGUGACAACUCACUGGUUGAAAAGGACAAAAAUUCCAGCGAAGACGAAUGGUCCAUUUGUGACUACAAUGAAAAUCCAAAAGGAAGCAUAUAUUAUGGUGCAAAAUACUGUUCUUCAGAAUUCCUGAAAGAUGAACCCACGCCAGAUAAAGACAUUAAAGUGUCAAAGAAGACUUUCUUCUUUAAGCGACUGUCAUCCUUACGUCAAAAAAUUAUGCAGAAUAAUAAUGAGCCACUCUCAGAAAUAAAACCAAUGGAAGAUAAAAUACCUUAUAAAAACAACAACAGAGAUGACUACCAGGACCACAAGGGACAAAAUCAUCAAGCUACUUCACACCAAAAUUCAGCAAAAACAUCAAAAUAUUGUGUAAUACUUUAAAUAUAUAUGUGGUCACCAAGUACAGUAUAAUUUAUCUUUGAAAAACAUAACUUCUGAAGAAAUAUUUCUAGUAAAAAUCUUAAAGAUAUAAGUUAAUAAUAUCUUUUAUUUGCUUUGAAUUGUAUGACCAGUUUUGAUAUUUAUUUAUGCUAAUAUUUUUGACAAGCAAUUUCAAAAUGUGUAUCUCAGACUCUUUUUCAAGUGUUGUGGCCUUAACUGUUCAGUGUUGCAUAAAGAGUAUAUUUUCAUAUGUGAAGUUUGAAUUAAGAUAUUUCAUAGUUUUUAUGAAACAGUUUUACUUCUUAUAAUUUCAUAAGGCCAUUAUUUACAAUCUUAUAACACUGUAACAACUUUUCAU